GGAAGACUCCUUCUCGCGAGGAACCCCCUAAAAGCGGUGAUCCUGCAGGAGCCUGGAAAGCGCCGGCGUCUCUGCCACACAAAAUUUGAAAGUCAUCUUGUAACUCUGGAGGAAGUGAUGUAAAGAGCAUCUGAGUUUAAAAGAAGCAUUUGGCCCAUGAUCCUGUUAUUAGCUUGAAAAAACAACAACAACAUUUUGUACAUUCAUUCAAUGCCUAACGUUUCAGACUCUCAACUAGAAAGUGAUUCUGGACCAAACAAACAUGGAUCUGAAAAAAAGACUUCAGAAGUUAAUCUUGAUAAUCCUAUAAAAACAUUUUGUGCUGCGGGUGCCUCAGUUUCCUCUCUGGGAUCUAGUAGAGACAGGCAUUACCCAUGGGGAUGUCCUGUGACACAUACUCGAGAAAAGUUUUACACUAUCUGCUCAGACUAUGCUUUUUUAAACCAGGUUACAUCUAUUCGCAAAAGCCCAAGUGCUACAGUGAGUGCCUGCGUACAAGACAAUGUUGCCUUAAAUGCUGGAAAGAAUUCUCCUGGUUUUAUUGGUAUUCGAACUGAUACAUCAGACUUGGUUUACAAUGAAGAUACUAACCUUGAAAGUUUGGCUAGUAACCUGGGAAAACUCCCAAUGGCAUGGGAAAUUGAUAAAUCUGAAUUUAGUGAUUCUUCCCCAGAUCUGAAGAAUCGUGCAGGCAACAUAAAAAAGCAAGGGACCAAGAAAAUGUCUGCAGAUAAGAAAAGUAAACAGCACAGAGAAUGCCCACAACAUUACUCUCUUGAAGAAAUAAAGCAACGAAAAGUGUUAGACCUCCGGCGAUGGUACUGUAUGAGUCGGCCACAAUAUAAGACUUCUUGUGGGAUCUCCUCAUUAGUCUCUUGCUGGAAUUUCCUAUACAGCACAAUGGGAGUUGGAAACUUACCACCUAUUACUCAAGAAGAAGCUUUACAUAUAUUGGGCUUUCAGCCUCCUUUUGAAGAAAUUAGAUUUGGUCCAUUUACGGGAAAUACGACAUUAAUGAGGUGGUUCAGACAAAUUAAUGAUCACUUUCAUGUAAAAGGAUGUUCAUAUUUUCUCUAUAAGCCUCAUGGGAAGUAUAAGACAGCAGGAGAGAGUGCUUCAGGAGCUUUGACAAAACUAACACAAGGACUGCAAGAUGAAUCUAUGGCCUACAUUUAUCAUUGCCAAAAUCAUUAUUUUUGCCCAAUUGGAUUUGAAGCAACCCCUGUAAAACCUAGCAAGGCAUACAAAGGGCGACUCUUACACCAGGAAGUGGAACACUGGAUACUUAUUGGGGAGCCGAGCAGAAAACACCCAACUAUUCACUGCAAGAAGUGGGUAGACAUUGUAACAGACUUAAAUACUCAGAAUCCUGAAUACUUGGAUAUUAGACACUUGGAAAGAGGCCUUCAGUAUCGGAAGACAAAGAAGGUGGGAGGAAAUUUGCAUUGUGUCAUUGCUCUCCAGAGGCUUAACUGGCAAAGAUUUGGUCCAUGGAACUUUCCGUUUGGAAACUCUAGGCAGGACAUGCAAUCCCAGUCACAGACGCAGGGGUUGGCUAAAUCUGAGAGUGAAGACAAUAUCUCUAAGAAGCAGCAUGGUCGUCUGGGUAGAUCUUUUAGUGCUAGUUUCCACCAUGAAUCUGUCUGGAAGAAGUUGUCUCAUCUGCAUGAAAGGCGGAAUAGUGGCUUUCAGAGUUAUACAGACUAUGAUGGGAAUAAUUAAAAAGAUCAACCUCUGCAAUUGCUCUACUGUAAAAUACUCCUAAGGUUUGGCAGUGUUUAUUGUGCACAGAAUAGGGAAUGAAUAGAAAUGUGAUUAUGAAAUGCAGUCUUUGGAAUGUUUCUUGCAUUAAAUACAUGAAUAGUUGCAUUGGGGAUGAUGAAAUAUGUUAGUUCAGUGAUAAGCACAGAAUAUUGUACACUUACAGUUCAGCCUGAUUUGCAAUUGGCCUGUGUUUCAGAAUGUGGAGCCAGGGUGAAUUUAGAGCAAAGCCAUUUGGGGAGGGGGCCUAUUAUUAGAAGAGACAGAUAAAUAAUCAGAGCAUGAGAUUGUUAAUUUCCAAUGUGUUUUAUUAAACAUGCAUUGUAUAAUGGUGUUAAAUGUAGAGCAUAUUUGCUUUUAAACCUUUUCAAAAAUGCAAUAAGGACAUCAUAGUCAAGUUCUGAAUUCACAAUACACCAAAAGAGUUAUUGGGUGGUCUCAGUUUGUCUGUUGGAACAUUGUUCUUUAUAACUUAAGUGGUUUAAAUUAAUUGGGGCCCUGUGUUGGUGGUUGUAAGAAAUGAGCCUGUAAUGUGUCCUAGAAAGCCGAGGAGCGCCUACUUGCUCCUUUUUGAGGAGAAGCAGAAGAAUAUUUCACUGCCAGGGGUAUAUGCCUUCAGCACCUAUUUGUGUAACUUGAAUUUAUUUCACGUUUGAUAGGCUGCUUUAAAGAAAGCACCAUUCAUAUUUUGUUUGGCAGUCCAGGGAGCUCCCAAAUUUCCAAUGCUGGGCUCCACCUGCCUUUUAAAAAAAGGUGUGCUCUCUGGAUCCUUUUAAUUUCACUUCUUUAAUUAUCCUGUUGAUAAUCAGAGAGAUGCUUUAAAUGCCGAAAACACAUAGGCAACCACAGUAAUAUACCUCUUUGGCCAGAACACUGUUUGUAUUUUUCCAAAUGCUCAUGUGAAGUAGCUUUAUUUGGAAGUAUAAUAUUUUGUUCUCAUGGAAAAAAACACAUUUUAAUAAAAAUAUCAGUGGGAUCAAGGAUCAUUUUGUUCUGUAAUUUCAUAUUUUUGCAAUCCCGUUCAUUAAAAAUUGGAGAUCUAGAAAACUUA